CAAGUUGGGAAACGUUUUAUAAAGGUGAAUUCAAAGUGCCGAAAGAGCAGUAGGCGUAAAACCAAACGAAGAAGAAGAAGACGUUGGACGAGCAGGAAUAAAAGAAGAAGAAGAAGAACUAUCGCUAGGUCUUGUAGAAUUAGUUUACAGUAGCUGACCUUGUUAAUGAGUUUUUGCCAAUUUCGAGAGGCUUCAUUUCGGUGAAAUGCGAGCUCCUCUGUCCUGGGUGCUGUGGGACGUGAAGGACACCCUGCUGAAGGUGCGCUUGUCUGUGGGAGAGCAGUACUGCAAGGAAGCUGUGAAGAUGGACUUGACCAUCAGUCCUGUGGAGGUCAACGCUGCUUUCCGUCAGGCGUAUCAACAUUACUCCAGCACAUACCCAAACUAUGGCCUCGCUCAGGGUCUGCACGGACAGUCUUGGUGGAUGGGAGUGGUGCGGGACACUUUCGCCCGUUGCAGGGUGCAGGAUCCAGCACUGCUCAAUAAAAUGGCUGAGAACCUUUAUCAUAAUUUCUCAAACUCAGAGAACUGGGAGGUGUUUCCAGAUUCAGAGAAGGCCCUGAAAAGUUGUUCUUCUCUAGGACUAAAGCUGGGUGUGGUGUCCAACUUUGACAGCCGCUUAGAGGGAAUUCUACGUGUUUGCGGCCUGCUGUCCCACUUUAGUUUUCUGGUCACUUCUGAGGAAGCAGGAGUAGCAAAGCCCACUCCAGCCAUAUUCCUUCAGGCUCUACAAAAAUGUGGUGUACCAGCUGCGAGUGUAGCUCAUAUUGGUGACCACUAUGUGAAUGAUUAUCUCACCUCGCGUUCUGUGGGCAUCCAUGGGUUUUUGUUAGACAGGCACAAUCAAAAUCACCCCAAUGUUCCUCAAGAGCAUCGGCUGAGCUCCCUGGAGGAGCUGCCAUCAUUGCUUCGGCUACAUAUGGACUAAUGCCAGCCAGUCAUGGGCUCAGCUGCAAAGCUACUCAAGCUGACUGUGGUUCACAUAAGUUACUCAUCACUGCGAUGACGCCAUGUUGACCUUAGUGGAUUCAACCUCAUGACUCUGGAUCUAAUAAUAUGCUGCCCAAAGAAAUACACGAAGAGUCAUGAAUGUCAUGAGUUGUGGUAAAUAAGGUAUAAUUAUCAGAUUUAUUGUAAAUAAAUGAAUAUAUUAAAUUGUUGAAAUAUUUUUCUUCUUUUUCAUCAGGUGAAAGAAAUUUUCAGAAAGAUAAAGUAUUUCAAUAUAGUCUGAGGCUCCUUUUAUAAAAAUCAGUAAUCAGUAAU